AAAGAAUGUCAAUGUCAGUUUUAUGUGUACUUGAUGUUGACAACUGUGGAGCGGUGCAAGGUUAUGUUUCAAAUUUGAAAAACAAUUUUCUUGAAUUGUUCUUGUAAUAUUUAGAUCUGUUAAUUUCUUUUAAGUGCCAUAAUAGUUAUAGCAUUCGAUAUAAGGUAACACUCAUCCAUAAUCUUUGAUAAAAUCAUUUAUGAAUAUUUUCUGCAUUUUGAAACAUUCAAAACAAGUUUUGACAUGUCCAGUACGACCGAUUCUGGAGGAAUCUCGAUAGAAUUUAACAACGAGGAUGAUGAAGACAAUAUUGAAAAUCCUCGAGACGUUUCUAGAGCUACCAGAAUUUCAAAAACAGCUGGCGAUAAGCCUCGGUCCCUGUAUUUACUACCCAAACCAAGUGUGUCUCUUCAAACAAGCCUGUUGAUUGAGUCUCUAAUCAAACAUAUAUGUAGCAUAUAUGAGAGCGAUAGCCAAAAAGCUGAAAAAGCUUAUAAAAUUCUUUGUGAUAAAUUGUGCAGUAUGAAUCUGAUAGGAGAAAGUUACAGUAUGAAUGAGUUCGAAGGGAUUAGAAGUCAGUACCAAACAGCUCUUUUCCAAUUUGUGAGAUCAGUAAAUGGGGGCAAUAAGGCUUUGCCACUUAGUUCCAUUUGGCCUAAAUCGGAUAGUAGUUCUCAUUACUGUACUGAGUUCGAAGAAGUGGAUUAUAUUGCUGGUGGAGGUUUUGGACAGGUGUAUAAAGUAAAACACAAACUAGACGGAACCGAAUAUGCCAUCAAAAAAAUCCCAAUACAGUCUGAAGGUAUUGAGUCAGUAAGAAAUUACCUUUCAGAAGUUAAAACAUUCGCUAGCAUGAAUCAUUCCAAUAUAGUACAAUACAAAGGUGCUUGGCUAGAAAUUGGGGCACCAAAAAGUACCAAAGUCAUUACUCACAAAACUACUGAAUCUACACACCAAACAAACUUCUUUUACCACCAAGAAACUGUUCAGUCGUUUAGUGAAGAAAGUGAAGAGGACAGCACCGAUUUUCAAAUUAGUUUUGAACAUAGUGUUAGUGGAGCUGUUUCUAAGAAAGAUGGCUCAUCCAAGACUGCUGGUAGGAAAAAGAGAAAAAGCCUAUCAGAAGGAGACGAUAUGGUAGUGUGCAAAUUAGACCUGAAGGAAAUAGAGAAGAUUAGAUCACUGAAUAGGACGAAGGUAAAAUGGGCAACACUGUACAUCCAGAUGGCGUUGUGUCAGAUGACUCUAAAACAAUGGUUAGAACAGAGGAACGAGGUUUCUAAUCCUGACAAAGCUUUAGUUCCUAAAAAUGAACUGAAAAUUAGGAAUAAUUGUAUUAAUCAAAUUCUUUUUCAAUUAUUAAAUGGUCUAGAAUAUAUUCACUCGAAAGAAAUAGUCCACCAUGACAUUAAACCGAGCAAUAUUUUCAUUCAAAUGGAAAAUGGUCAGUUAUUGAUACAGCUAGGAGACUUUGGACUGGCAUGUCCACUUCAAAGCGUGAGGCAUAGUUUGGCGUUCGGAACGAAGCUCUACGCAGCUCCGGAACAGUUAGAAGGACAAUGUGAUAAAAUGAGCGAUAUGUAUUCCCUAGGAAUAGUUCUCUUCGAAUUAAUAGAAAAUUUUCGCACCGACAUGGAACGAGUAAAAUCAAUUACAGAGCUGCGCAACGGUCACACACCAACCCAUCUCUCGACGACACACCCUCAAAUCGCCGACAUGAUCAAAAAACUAAUCGUCAACAGCCCCGACCUUCGACCGAAUACGACAGCCCUUCUGCAGACUCUGAAUCCCCAAAGCGAAGAAAUGGAGCAGCUGAGGGUAGAAGUGGUGGAUCUACGUGAAGACAACGCCGUGCUGCGCGAAGAAAACGGUGUUCUACGGGAAGAAAUUACUGACCUGCGUGUAGAAAACGCGCACCUCAAAGAGUUGCUCAAAAUGCAUGGCAUUCACAGUGUGUAAAAUGUAAGUUUGUGAUAGAGUAAUUGCGUCAUUUUUAUUUAUUUUUGCAUUUUUUCAAUUCCAUAUUUUUUAUCACAAUGGAUCUGAUAACAUGUGUAUUAUUUAGUGACAUAUAUUUAUGUUUUAUCGGUUUUCUACUAUUAUAAUCAUUAUCAUUGGCUUUACAACCCAUGGUGGGUCUUGACCUGUUUUAGAAUCAGCUUCCAUUCCUUCCUAUCCUUCGUCUUGGUUUUCCAACUUUGUACUCUUAACACUCGUAAGUCGCCUUCCACCUGGUCCUUAAAUCUGGCUCUCUUUUCCCCACUCCAUCCAGUCUUUGGUUAAAAUAUGUUUUGACGACUCCAUCUGGAUCGUUCUCUCUAAGUGGCCUAGCCACCGCAGUCUGUUUAUUUUGAUGGACCUACCAAUAGUAGGUUCUUUUGGCGCAAACCUAAGUGAGGACCAGUUUGAUAAGAGUUCGGUAUGUCAAUACUUUCGUUCUUUUUGUGAUGUUUGAUGCUAAAAGUUUCUUUACUUUAAUCCAUAAUAUGCUCUAUUUGUUAGAUAUAUACGUCUGUUAAUUUCUGCAGUUAUUGUGAUACUACUAUUAUAAUAUUCUACCAAUGUUUCGACCAAUCUUUUAUGUUGUUUAAUCACUAUAUUUUCAAUAAUUUGUGCCUAAUCAAUUUUUUAGGACACUGGUAAUGCCAUGAUCUUAUGGUGCUUCUCUUAGUGCUGGUCAUUCCGUUAUUUAAUUUAUCCAUUCGUUUUUUGGACAGCUUGUAUCUUAGUGCACCCUAUGUAGCCUACAGCUGAAUCAUGUUUGUGCGUCACACUGUUGCCAUACUUUUUUCUUUAUUUCUUUCAUAAUUUCAAUCAAUGUUAAAGGUACCUACAAGAAUAAUAGAAUAAUUUUAUAAAAACGUUUAAAUUGAACCCAAUUUUGAAAAAAUGUGAAAACUUUGAAUUAUCCACGUCCGUCUGUCCGUCCGUCCGUCCGUCUGUCUGUAAACUCAACUCCUUCGUCAUUAUACCAGAUAGAAUGACAAAUGAGGUGUCAAAUGGAAGCUUAAAAUCCAAGGAUGGUACUAAAGGUGAGAAAUUUGACCUAGGCUGUCUGUCCGUCUGUCAGUCCAACCGCAAAUAUAAAUCCUCCGUCACUAUACCAGGUAGAAUGACAAAUGAGGUGUCAAAUGAAAGCUUAUAAUCCAAGGAUGGUACUAAAGCUGAGAAAUUUGACAUAGGCUAUCUGUCAUAAGCAGUCGGACGGACUGACAGGCGGUCAAAUUUAUCACCAUUAGUACCAAGCUUGGAUUAUUAUUUCUCAUUUGAUUCCUUAUUUGCCAUUCUACCUGGUAUAAUGACAGAGGAAUUAAAUUCGCGGUCGGACGGACAGACAGUCUAUGUCAAAUUUCUCUCCUUUAGUACCAUCCUUGGAUUAUAAGCUUUCAUUUGACACCUCAUUUGUCAUUCUACCUGGUAUAGUGACGGAGGAGUUAAGUUUACAAACAGACAGACAAGACGGACGGACGGGCAGACGGACGUGAAUAAUUCACAUUUUCGCAUUUUUUCAAAAUUGGUGAAAACAACAACAUAAAAAUUUAAUUGGUGCUUUUUUAAAUGCAAACUAUUUUUUUAAUGAAAUUUUAUGUAAUGUGAUAGUAUGAAAAAAUAGAGGAUAUGGCAACGGUGUUACAUGUGAUGCUCGGAUCCAAUGCCAAAAUCUACACAUAAAUAUUAGGGUGCACUAAUAUACAAGCUGUCCCGUUUUUUAUGCAUUUAGACUACCCUUAACAUUGCUAACCAGUGAGUUUUGCAACUACACAUUCAUUCUGAUAGUCUGGUAGCUUCACUUAUUGUUCUGUUUAAUUUAGUUUUGUAAUAAUUUUUAUGAGUUUAUCAAUUUUCUAAGUCCUUUUUUUGCUCCGACCGAGGUAGGUCCUCAAGCUAAAACAGUACAUCUGUAUUAAAGUAAAUAGACGUGAAGAUAGCCACUGUUUUAGUGACCUCAAUCUUUUUCUUCUUCUUUAAGUGCCUUGUCUGUAUUCAGAAGUUGGUCGUCAUCAUGUUUACAAUUUCUUGAAACCUUUCUCUAUCGUUUGCUGCGCAAAAUAAUUCUUUUGCUAUGGACCCACACCAUUGCCUAAUAUUACCCAGCCAUGAAAUUUUCUUUCGACAAAUUUAACUCUUUUCCUCCACUUUUCCUUGAUGUAUUAUAUAAGGCGAAGUAGAUGGUAUUUCGGUGCGCUAAUUAUGUGGUCAAAGUAUUCUCUUUUUCUCCUCUCUAUGAUGUUUCUGAUGUUCUGGAUUCUUAAUUUUAAGAACAUCCUCGUUGGAAGUGUGCGAAAACCACGAUAUUUUUCGGAUCCACCACAAUUCGAAGGCUUCUAAUUUGUUUAGCAUUGUGGUUUUUAAUGUACAGGGUCAUUCACUAUAUUUUGACCCCCCUGUAAACUAAAUAAUCAUCUUAAUGUUUAUAUUACUGAAUAGGGAAUUGAAUAACCUUUCAAAUAAGCUAGCACACGACCCCUAUUUUCAUUUAAAAAAUAGUGAUUACGUCAUCACGCCCAGAUGGAUGACGUCAUUAGUAUGAUAUAUAUGUCAAAAAAUCAUAAUUUAAAAAUCGAAUAAGUUUUGUAUUUUACAUUUUUUUCUAGUUCUUUAUAAAAAAGCAGUUUACAGGGGGUCAAAAUAUAUUGAAUAACCCUUUACAUGUGUCACAACCAUAUUCUAGGAUAGAUCACACAUAAUAUUUUAGGAUUUUCUUGCGAAUAUACAUCGACAGUUUUCUGUUACAUAAUAAGACUUAAUUUUUCUUUUGUGAGUUUGUUGAUUUUGCGGUAUAUGUUAAUAUUUCUAUUUUCAGAUCUCAAUUCAAGGAGUAUAAUACAGGGUGUUUCAAAAAAGGAUGUCAUAAAUUAAAUCACGCAUUCCGGGGACAAAAAUAAAUGGAUUGAAUCCAACUUACCUUAGUACAAAAAUGUACACAAAAAAAGUUACAGCCCUUUGAAGUUACAAAAUGAAAAUCGAUUUUUUUUUUCAUAUAUCGAAAUCUCUUAGAGAUUUUUUAUUGAAAAUGAACAUGUGGCAUUCUUAUGGCAGCAACAUCUUAAAAAAAAAUUAAAGUGAAAUUUGUGCACCCCAUAAAAAUUUUAUGGGGGUUUUGCUCCCUUAAACCCAACCACCCCCCCCCAAACUUUUGUGUACGUUCCAAUUAAUUCAUUAUUGUGGUACCAUUAGUUAAACACAACGUUUUUAAAACUUUUUUGACUCUUAGUAUUUUUUCGAUAAGCCAAUUUUUAUCGAGAUGCGGUUUAUUUUUUAAUAUGUUUACAUAAAUAUUCUAUGGGGGUUUUGCUCCUUUAAUCCCCCCAAAUGUUCGUGUACGUUCCGAUUAAACUAUUAUUGUGGUACCAUUAGGUAAACACAGUGUUUUUAAAACUUUUUUGCCUGUUAGUCUUUUUUGAUAAGUCACCUUUUAUCGAGAUUUGCCUUCUUCUUCAAAAUAUACCUAAGAAUGUAAAUUAUAAAUAAAUUUUCAGCUUAUUAACAGGUAUAAUAUCAUAGGUACUUAACCAUAUACAAAUAUGUGGUGGAUUCGACAAAUAUUCAAAAUAUCUCGAUAAACUUUGGCUUAUCGAAAAAGUACUAAUAGGUAAAAAAGUUUUAAAAACAUUGUGUUUAACUAAUGGUGCCACAAUAAUAAUUUAAUUGGAACGAACACAAAAGUUUGAGGGGGUUUAAGGGAGCAAAACCCCAUAAAAUUUUUAUGGGGUGCACAAAUUUCACUUUAAUUUUUUUUAAGAUGUUGCUGCCAUAAGAAUGCCACAUGUCCAUUUUCAAUGAAAAAUCUCUAAGGGAUUUCGAUAUAUGAAAAAAAAUCGAUUUUCAUUUUGUAACUUCAAAGGGCUGUAAGUUUUUUUGUGUACACUUUUGUACUAAGGUAAGUUGGAUUCAAUCAAUUUACUUUUGUCCCCAGAAUGCGUGAUUUAAUUUAUGACAUACCUUUUUGAAAAACCCUGUAUAUACUGUCGGAAAAAUGAAAGAAUACCCAUGAACAAUCACAUCAAUCACUCAUUUUUUAUUUUCUGUCUUUUUCUAUAAAUAACAAACGUUUGUUAUAGAAAAAGACAGCAAAUACAAAAUAAGUGAUUGAUGUGAUCGUUCAUGGGUAUUCUUUUAUUUUUCCGACUGUAACUGUGUUUGUAUGGGAAAAUAAAAUUGUUGCUUUUACUAUUUUCCUUUCACCACCGUACUACCGAGUACAUUUGAAUCGUGGUAAAAGUCAAACGCGAAAUUUAAAUAAUAAUUGUUAUUUAUUAGUCUUAUGUGCAAUUUUCUUAAAUUGUCUUUUUUUGUAAAAAUCUACACAGUAUUAGAAAACUUAAAAAAAGAUUAAUGAAAUCAGUAAAUUUGUUCUCAAGUUAUGGCAUGACAGGGAAAUAGGGAUCCAUUUUUAUAGUUUAUAUUCAAUAAUUUAUCAAGUAUUCGUUGUUAACUAAUUUAAGUCGGUAAAGAACUGAUAAUAGAUCAUUUGUGCCAAGAUCGCAGUAAUACAAAUACUGCAUAGGUACCUAUACAAAAAAAAGUUAAUAAUAGAUAUACUAAAAGCACAGUAAAUAUGCACUAGAAAUAAACGAACCAAGACACGUUGGAUGUUACGAAGAGCACUUCCGAAUCAUGAUUUACAAUGUAUAUACAUUGUAAAUCCAAAUCAUGAUUUACAAUGUUCAUACAUUGUAAAUCAUGAUUCGGAAGUGCUCUUCGUAACAUCCAACGUGUCUUGGUUCGUUUAUUUCUAUUGCUUUAUUGUGAUUUUAGUAUGGGUCUAUAUUUAUUAACCAUACGAAGGUAUUCAUAGCUAAAACAAAUCAUAAACAUAUCUCUAAAUAAUACGCUUUGUGAUAAAAAAUAUUACAAAUCAUUGGGUUGAAUGACCGCUAGUGUUCAAAAUUUAUCAUUUGUGCGAAUGAGUGUGUGUGAUGUUUACAAAUUUUUUUAAAUAAAUAAAAAACAAAAAAAAAAGGAUUGCGCACAAUACAAAUGAACGCAUAGUUUGAUUAAGUUUAAACAAAAUAAACUUGUUUGGUAGGAAAAUACCCAUUUGCAGAUUGUGUAAUAAUUUUCGAAAUGUUUGUUCAACUUUAAAAAAGCAAAAAAAAUCAUAAACAUUCUAUUGUUUGCCUUUUGUGCUUUGUUUACACAAGUUUAUGAUUUCUGUUUUGAUUUUCGUGUUUUAAACUUUCCUAUUUGCGAAAAAUAUUGCGUCCCGAAUAAAAAAUAUUAUUGUUAGGUAAUGUUACAGGUAAUUUUUUUGAGGUUACAACUUUACUUUAUUGAUCAUAGACAUACAUAGGUAGACUGCGCGCUGCAAUCUAAAACUGUGCGACAGAGAAAAGUGUUUGUAUUUAGGAUAGGCAUCUCUUUCUAAUUGGCAGCGUUUAUACAAUCGGCGCAGUUGGAAAGUCACGUGACUUUGCUAUGUUCAAGCUGUUUGCAAGAGUUUUGCGAGAUAUUUUUACGAAAUCUCAUUCACAGACAGUAAAAACUAAAGCAAAAUAUUCAUGGGUUAACAAAAUGAACGGAUAUUGGAGUCAUACUGGAAAUAAAAUUGGAGUCAAAACCUUGAUCGAACCUUAAAAAAUGACAGGUGACGUCACAAUUUAUUUAGGAUCUACCACUCCUAAGAACAAAAAGUGCAAUUGUGUUUUUUUCUCUCAAAAUUUCAAUGAUUGGCUACAUUAACGCAGUUAUGUUUCUCUAAUGUGGUAUACACUUUAAACUACAUAUUUCACUAAUUGGGUACCAAAUUUUUCGCAAACCUAGAGAUUUAUUCUUUUUAUAAUGUAUUGUUUUCCCAUUGGUACAGUUUAAAUCGAAUUUGGUGAUAAUGACGGAUGCUUCUUUUGGGCAAAUGGCGUAUACAGAUCAUAAAACAUCAACAGUUUAACAAAUUUAAGACGACAAAUGUUAAGUUUCUUAAAAAUGCUUCUGUUUUUUAAAACUGUUUAAUAGGGGAGUGCAUAUAUAGAUUUUCACUUCGGAAAAAUCAAACAAGAUAGAACUUUUUGUAAUUUCAUUAAGAAAUGUUUAAUAAACAACAUAUCAAAAAGUUCUAGUCGAGAAGUGGGUGCUUCAUUUUUUAUUAAACAAAUAAACUACGAAAUUAGAUGUUUUUUUUAAAUAACUCCGAAAAUAUAAAUUUUAGAAAAAACUGACUUGAAAAAUUCAGAAAAUUUUACAAAAAAAAACCAUAUAUAAAGAAUUUUCUAAAAUUAAAUCUGUAUCUUCUAUAAUUUUUUAUUUAUAACGCUAAAGUCACCUUUCUCACAAACAUUGACGCACUGUACUAGCGUACGGCGAAGUGCAUGGUUGAGUUAUUUUAAUGAAAUUCUUUAACUAAUGGAUCAAAUGAAAUUUUACAAAUUGAACAUGAAAGAAGAAUAAUUAAGCUAUCUUAUGGUUAUAAUAGAAAGAAAUACAAUGUAUGGGCAUAAGUACGGUGUGGGCGGAAAGUGAGCCUUACAUGAAUUUUGUUUAAAAAUGAUUUAAAAAUGUGUAACUAAUACAAUUUUUCUUAUAAAACUCUCAAUUGUGCACAACUUACCUUUCAAGCAUCUUACUAAAUGAUCUUUCAUUCAAAAAAAAUCUCAAAAAUUUAAUUCAAAUGAUAUGACGUCUCAAAAAAUGUAAUUUUUGAAAUCUUCGUAGUUUUAUAGAAUUCCACCAUUUUAAGACGGUAUUACUCAAAUUUGAACAGAUCUAUUGCAGUUUUAUAAGUGCUUUUUUAAAGCUUAGGAUGUAAUCUUUAAAAUGCACGAAAUUAUUGUACUUUAGAAAUGAGAUAAACUAUUUCUUUUUGAGAAAAUUACCAGCUAAAAAAAUGUUUAUAUAAAGUGAUCAAAACUUUUUCUGUAAAACUUACCUAAAAUACAUUUAUAAUAAGCUUCAACAAUAAUAAAUGUUUAACAAAAAAAAUUUUUUUAGCUCUUAUACAGUAUGUCUGCGUAACUUGGAACCUAUUGAUAACUUUUUUAUUAUCAGUUUUACGAAAAAAAGUUAUUCUUUAUAAAAUACUCCGCAUCGUAUAUAAUAUAAGAUCCAAUCAUCAAAUAUCAAAUUUAAUUAAUGUAAUACGAGGUAUGUCAAAAAAUAUGAAUUUCACUCAAGAGUAAAGUACCUUUACAUUUCACAGUAUCGAAAAUUGUUAUUAAGAAAAGUUGUUUGGAAUUAAAAAAUUUGUUUUAGUGUUCAAUUACAUCCUUCUAAUUAAAAUAUUGUGAAUAAUAAAGGUACUUUACUCUUAAGAAAAAUUCAUAUUUUUUACAUACCUCGUAUAAAAUUAAAAAAGUUUUAUAUCUGAUGGUUGUAUCUUAGACUUUAUACCACGGAGAGAAUUUUAUGAAGAAUAACUUUUUUUCGUAAAAGUGAUAAUAAAAUAGUUAUCAUAAUUGUAAUAAAAUGAUGAUGACUAUCCGUAAUUUGAGAAAAAAUUGAAUUUUUUUUUUCGAUUAGAAUGAUGUAAUUGUAUAUUUAAACAUAGUUUCUAAUUUCAAACAACUUUUCAUAAUAGCAUUUUUUGAUAUUUUGGAAUAUAAAGGUACUUUACUCUUUAACGAAAUUCAUAUUUUUGACAUAACUCGUAUAAAAUUGAUAAAAUUUGAUAUCUGAAGGUUGAGUUUUAGAUUUUUGACUAUCCAGAGCAUUUUAUGAAGAAUAAAUUUUUUUCGUAAAAUUGGUACUUGGUAAUAAAAAAGUUUUCCAUGUGGUUCCUAGCUACGCAGACACACUGUAUAAGAGCUUCUGUAUAAGAAUUUUCAAAUUGCAAUGCUAUAUUCGGAUUCAGCAUAAUCAAAAACAAAAUAAAAACAUAUUUGAUCAAAGUAAAAUGACGAAUUUAACGAUAUUUUUAAAAGUAUUUAUACAAAACAAUUGUUAUUGUUUAAACAAUUAAUAAACAAAUAGCGGCCAAAUCUGCGAGUAGAACUUUUUACUUUAACAUGUAUUAAACUAACAAAAAAAGUUUUAGAAAAAUAUAAGCUUGUUUGAAUUUUUCCGAAACAAUGCAUAUUUUAGUUCUAAUUGCACUCCCCUAUAAUGAAGUUUCAUGAUUUGAACUAUCAAAAUGUGAUAGUAUUAUGAAUAUAUACAGUCGGAAAAAUGAAAGAAUACCCAUGAACGAUCAUAUCAAUCACAUAUUUUGUAUUUGCUGUUUUUUUUUCAUAAAUAACAAACGAGAGAGAUAGAUUAUUAAUAAUCUGAAUAAUAUGUGAUUGAUGUAAUCGUUCAUGGGUAUUCUUUCAUUUUUCCGACUGUAUCCAUUAUAAGUAUCCUCGAUGCAUAGUUUAUCGUUGGGAAAGUAAUAAAUUAUUUUUAUUACAGUUUUAAUUAUAAGUAAGUCGGUGUAAAGAAAAAGCAACGAAUUAGUUCAGAUUUUAAACAAAAUAUCAAUCAUUAUAUUAUUUCAUUAUCUAUUAAAAUAUACUUAAGUUAAAAAAUUUAAGCAUUGAGUUGGCAGGAUGGCAUAUCGUACUGACGGACUCACUAGGAUGUGAUUAGUUUAGUGGGUUCCUGGUUCGAGCCACACUCUAGCCAGAAAUUUUGCAAAUGCAGCUGUAUGAAAAACCAAAGUGUAUCACCAAAGUAAAUCAAGUCUUUCGGUAAUUGAAUAGUACGGUGAUACAUAUAAUUUUGUAGCUGGUUGGCAAGAUAUUGUGAUUUCUAAUCGUUCAUAGUUUGAAACUUUGGAGUCUUCCGAAGAAAAAUUGUUGUAAUUAUAUUUAUAAUAGUCAUUUCAUAGCGUUCAUAGCCUUUCGAACGCUAAUUUCGUUGUGAGUGGUGUAUGUAGUGGUAAUUGAUUCGUGUCUCACUCCAACCAGAAAUUUUUCAAACGUAGUAUAAGAUCUAAAUUGAGUUGGCAGCUUUGAAUUGAAAUUUGCGCGUGAUUCGAGUCGGCCGAUAGAUGAGUAAUACGACGAGAGCUUCAUGGCUCACUUUACAGUCUGUGUUUCUGCUUGUUCUCCUGUAUCUGUAUCAUUAUUGUUUAUAGUGGUAAAUCUUUAUUUGUAUUGCCCUCUUUUGUUAGAUCCUAGUCCAGUUUCUAAUUUUAACAACCAGGACAGUUAUAUUCUACCAAUACCUAGUUUUCCUUCAGAAAACUCGGCAUCCAUCGCGCCUACAGCUUUCUUAUACCCAAUAGGGCUUACAAGAUAUGACGUGGUCUUUUGAGUCCAUUUGCCUAAUGUCUCAGCUGUUUCGCAUAUCUCAAUCGGCGGUCUGCCAAUACAAGAUCAUGAAUUUCGGUCACGUUAUACUCCAGACACCUGGACGUAGGUCAUCAAAAACCGACGUGCGACCACAUCGAAACUCGUUAAACCCAUUUUUUUACAAAUUAUGAAUCGGUUGCACAUGCAACUCCAUUUCAACAUGUUAAAGAAGUAAAUAUAAGACUUACAAUCAAUUUAUUGUACCUUGUAUUGUCCUUUUUUUCCUAUGAUCAUUUUUCAGUGCGUAACAAAUGAUAGGAAAAAGGGUAAGUCCGUGAUAAUACACAUUUAUGACAUUUAUUCUAACAUGCCAUUUUAGUUAAAUCUGACAGUUGUCACAUUUGAUUUUCAAUUUGGAAUAAAAACAAUUCAAAUGUGUUUCUUGCAUUUAUAAAAUGGUAUUUUCUUUGAUUUGUAUAGUCUUAUCAAUUAUACAGAUUAUAUUUGUAAUAUUAUUAUCUAAUUAAAAAAAAUUAUUUUUUUAUUAUGGCGCCAUCUAUCGACAACUAGAAUAACUAGAAUAAAUGUUAUAAAAAUGUCACCGACGAAAUGUAAUCACCAACGUGCCUUUUUUUCUGUCACAUACAAUUUAAUGCGUUAGAAAGAAAUCGAAAAACUGUGACGCACUGAAAGAUGAUCAUGAGAAAUACUGUACGAUCGGUUUCGAACACUAAACUUUGCUGUUCAUCGUCAUGUCUCCGGAAAUGUUAAUAAUGCACCUAUUUAACUACUUUCCUUGCAUCGGCAUCACUUACGUAACCUUCCCAUACACAUGACGAUGAACAGCAAAGUUGAGUGUUCGAAACCGGCCGUCCAAGGUACAAUAAAUUGAUUGUGAGUAAGUCUUAUAUUUAUUUCUUUAACUUUGUCAAUUUUUUAGUCGCCAUCGAAGGAGAAUAGUCACUGUACUUACACUAAUUUAAUACUGUUAAAUUGUAGGUACAAUUUCGGUGUUGAUAACUAAAUCUCUCUCUUCAAUCCUGGCUUCCCGGAGGGACUCUAGUGAUCGACGUAAUGUCGUGUAUUGUCCGUCUCCAAAGAUCUCUGUCUGGUCAUUUCAUUUAACUCAUACAUAGGUCUUUUGCUUAUUCUUUUAAUUGGAUCGUUCCACAUUGUUGGGGACCUUCCUUAUAUAAUUGGUCUUUCCAUGUUUUCUGUGUUAGCUCUCAGAACAUAUCCAAAUUAUUUUAAUUGUUGGAGAUGGACUUACUGAAGUGUCGUUGGCUAACUUUUAGCUUUUAAAAUUGAAUUAUUUGUCCUACGGUCAGUCCAAGGAAUUCGUAACAUUCGUCUCCAACAGAAUAUUUCAGUGGCGUCUAUCUUUCUUCUUUCCGAAUUUCUCAGGGUCCAAGAUUCACAUCCGUAGGUCAGUAGUGGGAAUAUUACGCAGUUGAUCGACCUCAUCUUUAACGCUCUUGAAAUUUGACAGUCAUUCCUUGCUUUGGUCAUUUUCGCUGUGGCAACUUUUGCUAGAUCACAUCUACGUUUAAUCGCUUCCUGUAAUGACCCUGUGUUUGUGAUCAAUGAUCCCAGAUAUAAGUAUGAGCUCACAACCUCAAACGGGUCAAUUGUGGUUAUGUGUGGAUGAUUGUUAUGUAGUCUAUCCACUAUCAUGAUAUUUGUUUUUAGAUAUAUUUAUAACUAAAUAAGGUUCUAAUUAUAAUAAUUCGUUGCUUUUUACAAUAAAUAUAUUUGAGUGUAUCUGGAUUUUUAGAAUGUUGGUAUUGUGCUAAGAUAGAUUAGAAUAUUAUGUAAUUCUAAGCCAAUUACUCGAUGAACAUGUGAUAAACGAACUGUGUUUUAUAUUUUUAUAUGGAAUUGUACUACUGAAUUAUCUUUUGUACAAUUUAUAUUGUGUUUGUCCCAAAUCAGUCGAAACCAUAGCCGUAGGUUUCAAAAUAUUGUUGAUACGGUAAGGCUACUACAUUUUAAAUCUUUGAUCGUGUCAUUUAAAAUCAGAUAAAUUGACAGAUUUUGACUAUCUAGACAAGGGGUUAAUUUAGAGUGACUAAACUGUAAAAGUAGAACCGUAUAUACUUGUAGUAUAAGUAUAACUACCAGGACUAUAACAAACCUCAUUGUUGAAGAUGUUCUCAACAAUCUAAUAAGUAACUAUUUUAACGUGAUGAAAAGAAAUCUCAUUCCUAGAGAUGCUUUUGUUCAAAAAAUCGCCUUUCAAUUUCCAAAAUGUAUUCAACAACUGUCUUCAGUAGGCGCAGUCAGUAGGAUUACAGAAAGAACAACUCGUUAAAGACAAUUAUUGUUAAGACCUUUUGUAUUGUACAAUUUGUUUAGAGGCAGUCAGAGUAUUUAAUAUCACCAAAUAAUUCACCUUCCCUAAUUCGUGUUAAUUAAUGCUUGUGCAGUUGAUGGUUACAUUAUUAUUUUGAUUGCUGUGAACCUGAUAGAGAUCAACUUUUAGUACUUCUGCUAAAAACAUGGAUAAAAGAGAUGGACGUUUAGUACUUUUUCCAGCUUCUCCAUCCAUAAUUUUGCGAAAGUCCUAAAAAAUCUUCUUCAUCAGCUUCUACGUAUUGAUGAAAGAUUAGGGAACGGAAGAUGUGUCUAGUUUUAUUGUGUGCUCAGACUUCUAUACCGUUGAAAUUAUUUGGUUAUCUAUCUCUUGGCAUGUUUUUUGAUAGUCAUAUGAAAACAAAGAAAGAGUCUUUGAGAAUAAAACAGAAUCUUGAUGCCUGUUCUGUAGAUGACUCAAUCGUCAGUUUUAUUUGAUCGCAUCAAUGGGUCUUUCUUCUUCUUGAUGUGCCUAUCCAUGACGAAUGUUGGCGAUCAUCACGGCAAUCUUUAUCUUAUCUGUAGCAGCGCGGAAAAGCUGUACAUAUGUUGUGUUGAAACAGGUUCUGAGGUUCUUUCAGGAUGUUCUUCUUCCUGGACCUCGCUUUCCAAAUAUGUUUCCUUGCAGGAUGGCUUGUAGGAAGGCAUAUCUGGCUUCAUUUCGCAUAAUGUGUUCGAAGUAUUGUAACUUUAGAUAUUUGAUUGUUCUUCUCUCUAGGUUUCUUGCUUGUUCGGAAGAACCUCUUGGUUCUUCUUCAUUUUUCUGAGGACCUCGUCAUUUGUGACUCGGUCAGUCCACGACAUUAUUGCGGCAAGUAUUGCCAGAUAUAGCCAAAUCUCAAAUGCUUCAAAUUUUCUAAACAUAGAUUCGUUCCAGGUCCACUAUUCAACACCAUACAAAAGGGGAGAGAAGAGUAGCAUCGAAGCAUUCUUACUUUUAUACCAAGAGAGAGAUUGUGGCUCUUGAUGAAAGUCCCCAACCGCUUGAAGUUGGAUCUAGCUCUUCCGAUGCGUGUUAUUUUCUCUUGGUUGUUAGUUUAUUCUUCAUUUAAGGUGCCGCGGUAGUUGUAUGUAGUGCGUCACUCUUUCUAUGGGGGUUUGGUUGAACUUCUGUCAUCUUUUUUUUGCUAAUGAUCAUAAGUUUUGUCUGCUUUGCAUUUAUAUUGAGUCCAUAUUGUUGACUGUAAUGCAUGAUUUUGUUCAUAAGGACUUGCAGGUCUUCUAGGUUGUCCGCAAAUACCAUGGUGUCAUCUGCAUAUCUGAUGUUGUUUAGUUUAGUUUCGUUAAGCGUCGAUAAAUAUUUAUCAAUUCAACGAACUGUGUUUGUUAUGCGCAGUCAUUACAAUUCCAGAAAGAUACAACUCCUGUGGGAACGUACUGGAGAGGACUUCUGAAGAUAUUGAAUUCUUAGUGCCUAAUUCAUCUUAUUGCAUCUCAGCAACACUCUUAUGAACUGUUUGGGUGUUUUAUACUUAACGAAUUGUUUAGGGACCACUAUAGUGUCCAAAUACAAUUUAAGUAAAUUGUUUAAUGGAUCCCUUCACGGCUUAUAGUUAAAUCAUUAUUUCAUUCACGUUAUUCCUUCGUGCAGCAUAUUAUAUUUAACACCCUUAAACUGUCAGUUGUCACUAUUUUUUCGUUGGCAACACUUAUCACGCAAAUGGCGGCAAAUUCAAAUCUUACAUAAUCUUUGUGACAUAUUUUAACUGUAUUAACGGUCGCAUAACUUAAUAUUUUAUACAGUAGUUAUGAAAAUAUACGAUUGGUUUAAAAUGUAAUAGCCUUGCAUACAUAAUUAACACUAUUGGCUAGUCUAUUGGCUUAGACACGUAGGUUAAAGUUUCAGUAACUACGAUAUUUUUGUUUGGAUGUCGAUUUAGAUUACUUGACUAGGUGCCUAUCGUGUUGCGUUGUACGAAUCUCGACAGAAAAUGUACUUUUUACAUUUUUAUAGAUUGUUACUACUUAAGAAAAUUUAAAAGUGAUAUUUUCUGUGAAAAUUAUAUUUAUUGUUUUUUAAUAAAAUGGUCUUUAGUCUAGGGGAUAUAGCUAGGUCACCGUGGCCCUUUCGAUUCUGAUGGGUCCACCCAAGUUUUUUAUGUAUUUUUUGGCUGCUGUUUACGAAUUUCGACGGUGAAUUUCGAUCUGAAUGGUCAAAAAAAUUUCAUAAACAAUUUAAUUGUUUAUAGGUUCUAGCUCGGAAACUAAAAGAGAUAAAAAAUGUUUUCAAAUAAAAUUUGUUCCUUGAACAAAAAACAAACAAAAUGACGUUUACUAAACUUUAAUCCAAUAAUUUUAACUCGAGAUAUUGUAGAAUCAGGGCAAUCUUAGUACAUAAUAUUUUGCGGCCAUUUUUCAUUAAUUUUACAAUAUGUCGAGUUCUAAUUAUUGGAUUAACCUCCAUUUUCUUUGUUUUUUUAUUAUCAAGGAACAAAUUUUAUUUGAAAACUUUUUUAUGUUUUAGUUUACGAACUAGAGAUAUAUAAACAGUUAAACUGUUUAUAACAAUUUUUUGACUACUCGGAUCGAAAUCAACCCUCGAAAUUCCUAAUCAGCAGCCAAAUAUACAUAAAAAGCCUUGGGUGGACCCAUUUAGAAUCGAAAAGGGGGCCGCGGUAAGCUAGCUAUGACCCCUAGACGACUUGACGACUGUCAA